CCUUCCCCUCUUUUUCCCAAUCGCGUUCACGUAGUACUCCAUCAGUCGGUCCCUCCUCUUCUUCCACGUCGGCUCACUCCAGCUCAAUCCACCGAUUCUGCACUUGCUCAAUUAAAAUUAGGAGAGACGAAACACAAUCAACACUUGUUUUUCUCUUCCCUUUCAUAGAGAAUGUCUGUUGUUGUGGUGCAGGGAAGCGAUUUCUUCUUGGAGCAGCCGGCUUCCACAAUGGGCGCCACUCCUUCAACACAAGACCCAUCCUCCUCUUCAUAUUGCUACUUGCACCGGCGGCGCCGCGGGUUUCCUCUUCUUCUUCUCGGUCUGAUGUACAUAUUCUUCUUGUGCUCCUCCUUCCCCGCCGUCUCAGGAGCUCACAUGCCUGGCAGAACCAUGGCUGAAAUGGAUAGCGAGAAGGUCCGUGUAAGACUAUGCGUUCGUCUACCACAUUAUGAAUGCCCCGAUCCUCCACAGUGUAACUGCUGUCUCGUGACUGAAUUAUGCUACACGACUAUGGCUGAGUGCAUCAUAGAGUUUCUACGAGAGUGGGCUUGAAGAGGACACAGCUGGUUUGAAAUUACAAGGAAAAAGAAUCACUCAAGGGACCUUUCCGCAAUUGAACUAUGCACUAAG